UCCCGCAGGAACCAGCGGCAGCAUCUCUCAGGUAGUAAAGGGGCAGAUCCGAGGAGCAGAUACGAGCGUCUGCGUGGGGCUGCGUAGCUGCUCACACCCCCUCGGCUUCUCCAGCCUCUCGUCGCUCCCCUCCGAGCCUCGACUCCUCCUGGGGGAAAGGAAGGAAAAACCAUGGUGGCUAAAAACAGAAAACAGACCGGUAAGAGUCCGGCGACCCAGACUGACCGCGACCGGAUCCCGCUCGCUUCGCCCCCCGGCAAAAGUAGCGCUCGUCGCCCCGGCAGGGAGGGCAAAGCUUUCAACGGGUCUCAUCCGAACGGGCUCUCGGGCAUCGGGCACAAGCUGGGGCUGACUCCCGCCGCCGCGGCGAAGCUAGGCGUCACUCUCCUGCUCGCUGCUGUGGCUGGAUAUCUGCACUGGCAUCAUCUCUCCCAGCUCUUUGAGAAUGACAGGCACUUUUCACACCUGUCUAACCUGGAGAAGGAAAUGGCUUUCCGCACUGAAAUGGGUCUGUACUAUUCCUAUUACAAGACCAUCAUCGAGGCUCCUUCGUUCCUGGACGGCCUCCACAUGAUCAUGAAUGACCGGCUGACAGAGUAUCCGCUGGUCAUCAACACGCUGAAGAGGUUCAACCUCUAUCCUGAGGUGGUCCUGGCCAGCUGGUACCGGAUCUACACCGCAGUGAUGGGCUACUUCGGCAUCCCCACCAAGAUGUGCUGGUCCAUCAACAGAGGGGAGGGGCUGACGCCCGUGGACAGCUGUGAAGGCCUGGGCGAUCCGGCCUAUUUCUACGUGACCUGCGUCUUCCUGCUGAACGGCCUGAUGAUGAGUCUGUUCUUCGUCUACGGCGCCUACCUCAGCGGCAGCCGGCUGGGCGGAAUCGUCACCACGCUCUGCUUUUUCUUCAAUCAUGGCGAGAGUACUCGUGUGAUGUGGACUCCGCCGCUGAGGGAGAGCUUCGCCUACCCCUUUCUGGUCCUGCAGAUGCUCCUCCUCACCUACAUCCUACGAACGCGGAACCCGAGCAGGGCAGCGCUGGUCGCCCUGGGCGUCUCCAACCUGUGCUUCAUGCUGCCGUGGCAGUUCGCCCAGUUCGUGCUGCUCACACAGGUGGCCUCUCUGUUUGCGUCCUACAUCCUGGGCUACCUCGCUGCCGCCAAGAUGCAGUCCAUCCUCGUGACUCACAUGGUCACGCUCGGCGUCUGCUUCAUCCUGAUGUUCGGGAACUCCAUGCUCCUCACGUCCUUCUACGCCUCCUCGCUCGUCUCCAUCUGGUUGAUUAUUGCUCUGAGAGACAGAUUUGCUCAAGUCUUCAAGCCUGGACUCAUUAUCUGGGUCAUGCAGGGCCUGGCGUGGGUCGGCUCCACCGUUCUGCUGAAAUUCCUGCUGUCCACCGUCCUGGGAGCCUCUGAUGAUGCUCACAUCAGCGGACUCAUCAAGUCCAAGUUCACCAGCUACAACGACUUCCACACCCUGAUGUACACCUGCGCCGCCGAGUUCGACUUCAUGGAGAUGGAGUCCUUCAUAUUUACCUUGAAUUUCAUCUCACAGCGUUUUCCCUUUUUGCAAAGCCUCUUAAAUUCCGUUCACCUUACUCCUGUUCGUUACCUUAAAACGCUGCUGCUGCCCAUCAACGUCCUGGUCGUCGCUCUCAUUGCUGCGAAGACGGUCCAGGACGUCGUCCGAACCCUGAGGCUCGGAGGGGAAACCAAGAUGGACGACGCCGAUGAAGCCGCAGGGUCUGAAAUCGCUGCGAAGGGAGAGAUGGUGUACCACAGCCUGCAGCUGCUGGCCUUCACCGUCCUCGCCGUCCUCAUCAUGCGCCUCAAGCUCUUCCUGACGCCGCACAUGUGCAUCAUGGCGUCGCUGCUCUGCUCCAAGCAGCUGUUCGGCUGGAUCGGGGAGCGGUUCAGGCACCAGGCGGCGGUGGUGGCGGUGCUGGCCGUCAUGGCGCUGCAGGGGGUUUCCAACCUGCAGGCGCAGUGGGGGAUCAUCGGCGAGUUCAGCAACCUGCCGCAGGAGGAGCUGCUGGACUGGAUCCAGGACAACACCCCGGCCGAUUCUGUGUUUGCCGGCGCCAUGCCCACCAUGGCCAGCGUGAAGCUGUCCACCGGCCGGCCCAUCGUCAACCACCCGCACUACGAGGACGCCGGUCUGAGGGAGAGGACCAAGCUGGUGUACUCCAUGUACAGCCGCAUGUCGGGAGAGACGGUGAAGAGGAACCUGAUGAGGCUGGGAGUGGACUUCUUCGUUCUGGAGGACUCCUGGUGCACCCGGAGAACCAGGCCCGGCUGCAGCAUGCCGGAGAUCUGGGACAUCGAGGAUCCGCAGAACGCCGGUAAAGUGCCGCUCUGCUCGCACAUCACCAGGAACUCCCGGCCGCACUUCACCACCGUGUUCGCCAACGACAUUUACAAAGUGCUCCGAGUCCCCAAAGCCUCCAGAGAGCUCAGAUAACAUCUCUGGACCCAAACUUCUCCUCAUCUCUGAUCUGUUUGGUUCUUUUCUGCCGUUGCUGCAGUUUUUUUCCUCAUUCUCAGAAAUUUCAGUCGCCCAGAGAUUCAGUUUUUUCAUCGCGUGGUUCGGUCGACGGCGUCGAGACAUUUCUGCCAAGUUGUCGGAGUGGCCUCCCCCUGUUCUGUUGUUGACCUUGAAGGCUUUCCCAGUGACGCCGCCGUAGCUCCGCCUCCGUCUGGUUUUCAUUUCCAGCGAAGCGGAGGUUUGUCUGGCGGGAGCGAGCGGUGGCGCUGUCCUCACACUGUGAAGCAAUACUCCACCGGCGCCGGCUUCCUCCGCCUCCGCAGUGUUUUCAGUCGUUACACUUUCUAUAAUUUAUUUGUGUGAAAACUUUUAUGCAAACUCAACCGUGUUUUAAGAGUUUUUAGUCUUUUUUAAAUCCAUGCCAUUCAGCAUUACUGAUCUUGGACUGAAUUUGAGGUUUUGUUCUGGAUCCACUCGUAGUUUUGGGGCCAAACAUCGUAAACAAAGCCAAUAGAUUUGCUCCAAGCUGCCCGCCUACAGCAGGGUUUUUCCCCUGUUUUGUAAAAGGCCUUUGUUUUUGUACGACCUUUAAAAGGUUCUCUGUGCUUUUUUGAUUAUUGUCUGUUGCCAAAGGAAGUCUAGUGAUCGCAGCUGCGUUUUCAAGGGUGCCGUAGCAACAAGAGACGAUUUCUUAGUAAAACGAGAACCGUGUCAGUUCUGUGGCCGCCGACUCGUCGUAGCAGUGACUUUUAUGUGAAGAGUAGCAGUUCUUUCUGUUGCAGACGGUUUAGAAAAUAUGAUGAAUUGAUUGAGAUGAGAGUGCCUGUGUUGUGUGGCAGAAAAAUGACCAGUUUCCUGAUGAUGUUGGUGGUUUUCACGUUUUCAUGCUGGAUUGUCUUUUCUGGAGCAACCUCCCCUGUUGAUCCGACCUGGAGAUCGGUGUAACGUACUGCAGUCACCACGCAGGUAAACAACGAUCUGGAGCUGCAAAACGUCUUCAGUAUGAUGGUUAUGAUGUGAACUUCAUGGCAAAAAUCCCAUAAAAUAGUGAGCAGAACCUCAAAUAUUCAUUUUCACUAAAUAUUCUGAACACACCAACAAGCAUUUACCUCAUUUCCCAGACUGUAAGGCUCACUUGAUUUAUUUCCUGAUAAUGUGACGUGUGAAGAAGGGACUCUUAUAUCAUAAUAUAUGGGUAAACACCUUCUGCAACCUCUAGAUGUCGCUGUAUGACAACCGAAUGCUGCCUGUUUUUGUAAUGUUUACAAAGUCAAUCAAGUAAUUGUCAAUAACACUCUUAUCUCUCGCCUGAAAGAGGAUUUAAAAAAGAAACAACUAUGAGUAAAACUGGGAAAAGUAGUGAAAACCAUGAGACAUGGGAAGAAUGACAACAAAAACCCCUGAAAUGACUUUCAAAGAAAAAAAUUUGAAUGCGAGAAAAAAAACAUGCAAGGCUGGAUAUAAAGAUCCAAAUUAGUUAAAACAACUUAAAUGGAAAACUUUGGAUUUUCUGCGCAAUAACUUUAUUCAUUUCAUUGAUGAAAGCUGACAUAUUUUCCAGGUUAUUCAUUGUUGUUGGAGACUCUGUGCUAAUAAAGAAACUUUGACCUUCAUCAUCAGCCCAAAGAAAUACUGAAAACAGAGAAACUGCUGAAAUCAGGUACAUAAACGGAUCAGAUGUAAUGAAAUGUUCAUUAAAUGCAUGUCAGAUACAGAUUUUUUGAGAAUAUCAAAGCUUUAAAUGAAACCUCAGCAGCUGCGUUCGCCUCAUUUUCAAGGUUAAACGUGUUUUGUGGCUUCAGUUAAACCUGACUUGGUGAAAAGUCACUAAAAGGCUCUUCUGUUCAUAACGGUUACAGAAUGUGGGUAUCAUAAAAAAAAAAAAAAUGUCCUGCACUUAUUUUUCAUUACUUGUGACAGAUUUUUUUUUUUCUAGGGACAGAUUCGGCUUAUCGUCUAGAAAAUAUGGUAUCCAGGUCAACGAGCUUCAUGCAGUAAUAUUAAGUAUUGCAGUAUAGAUUCAUGAUCAGUCCCUGAAGCUGAAGCCGACAGUAUUAAUGUAGUUGUUAUAGCAGUCGCUCUUUUGAAUGUCAGUGUUCUUUCUUUCUCUUUCCUCCACCACUGACUGAUGCUUCUGAAAUAUUUAGGGUCAUCAUUUUAGCCACCUAUUAAAUCUCACACUUCUUUCCUUCUUAAAAUUCAGAGUUUGCAGAGCUCUGUCUGCGUCGAGCGUGGAAACACUGAUCUCCUUCUGUUUUCUGCAGUGUGUGUGUUUUUUUUUUUUUGACAUGUUGAUCUCGGUGUGGGGAAGUUUGCAGUGUGUCCUGUUUCCCUGAUGAGGCCAGAUCGAUCUGGUGAGGCUGUCUGCCCCCCUCUGGUGGAGCACAGGAAGUGCAUCCAGCAUGAAAACUCAGCUGCAGUGAUUUCCUCCCGGCUCGCUGAACAGACUGUGUACUCAUGUGAUGAAGACGAUCUGCUGGAUCCGUCUUCAUCACUGUGAGACAAACACGAGCGCGCUGCGGAUUCUCUCUGAAUGCUUUAAGCUCCGGUAUUUUCUCCAUCAGUAUUGGGCACGGGUUUGAUGGAGCUGAGGUUACAGAAGUGGUGAGAUGGCCUUUUGAAGACGUGGUUCUUGUGUCUGUUGGAAGACUGGCUGUGCUCGUCCGGUCUCGUCAGGACUGGAGCUGCUGUUACGGCGAAAAAACAAACACUUUGACAGGAACCGUUUUGUUCCCGUUGCAGCCCUCGGUGUGUUUCAGAUGUCUUUUAUAAUAUUUGUCUAUUUUGUCUGUAUUUUGAAAAAAAAUAAAGUAUUUGCCAUGAA